UUUAACCUAAAUCCUUUGUCUUCAUCAGAGAUUUCUCCUAAGCUCACGAGCUUCAUAUACAUAUGCCCAAAACCCUAGCAACGGUGCCUUCUCGAAACACCUUAAACCCAGCCCUCUUAGCUCUCACGCCUCGUCAAGUGUUGAUCUCCAGACCUGUAAUGGCUAAAGAGAGCAAAGCCUUGAGCUUGAAAUCGGAGCAGAAGGCUCUCCUUCUCCGUUCGGUAGCUCAGUACUUGGAGCGAUGUGGGUUUUCCAAAUGCUUCAAGAAACUCCUCUCCGAAGCCGAGAUCGAGAAGAAGGAAUUGAAUAGUGCGUUACCGGAUCUAGAGGAAGUCUACGGCGUAUUUUUGAACAAGAGCAAUCUCGAAGCUGUGGAGGUGAAAGAUGAAUCUGGUGAUCAAAAGAAAGAAGUUGAGGAGGUGAGUGCUAUGGAAGGUGUAGACAAGGUAAAGAAGGAGAAAAAGAAGAAGAAGAAGGUGGAGGUAACUGAGGAGGAGAAGGUUAAAGAGACUGAUGCUGAGAUUGAAGAUGGAGUUGAAGAGAAAAAGAUCAAGAAGAAGAAGAAGAACAAGGAAUCGAAAGUGGAGGUAGCUAAGGAGGAGGAGGUUAAAGAGACCAGUGGUGAGAUCGAAGAGGGAGUGAAAGAGAAAAAGAAGAAGAAGAAAAACAAGUCGAAAGCUACCGAGGCUGAGACUUUGUUGGGUGAUGAGGAGAAAGUUUCCAAGAAGAGAAAAAGAUCAGAGCCUGAAGAAGAGACAAAAGAACAGACAGAGGAUGAUGAUGAGGACUCUAAACGUAGGAAGAAGGAAGAGAUUGUAGCAGAAGACGACAUAGGUGUUCAAGAAACACCUGUUAAGGAGAACGGUAACGUUGAGCAAAGCGAAACAAAAUCAACAGACAAGAAGUCAGGAAAAGGGCUUUCUAACUCAAAAGAGCCGAAGAAACCGUUUCAGAGAGUUAACGUUGAGGAAGUUGUGUUCACUGACGAUAGGCUUAAAGACAACUCUUAUUGGGCAAAGGGUGGUGCUGAUUCGGGUUAUGGUGCUAAAGCUCAAGAGGUUCUAGGACAAGUCAGAGGAAGGGGUUUCCGACAUGAGAAGACGAAGAAGAAAAGAGGAAGCUACAGAGGAGGAGAGAUCGAUCUUGAGUCGCAUUCGGUUAAGUUUGAGUACUCAGACGAUGAAUGAUGAUUACUUGAUAAGCAACACUUGUCUUAUUUUCAUUUGCCUUUGCUUCUCUUUUUGAUUGAUCAUCUUUUUCAUUCUUAUCUGCUUAUUUCAAUAUGUAAAACUAUCCAGAUCACUAUACCCGAAAUAGGGUUGAUCUUUUGUUUGUGGUUAAUGGUCUCA